AUGAUGAGAAAGAUGGCUGAGUAUUGGAACAUCUGUAUGCAGAUCUGCGAAGACGAGAAGAACCAAGCGGUAGAGCACAUCGGGAAGCUUGAGGAAAUCCUGAUGGAAAGAGAGGUAUCUCUACUGGAAGCGCAGGCCGCACUUGUCGACCAGGAGUCUCUUUCACGAGGCCUCAAAGAUCAGCUUGAGGAGCUCCAAGUCAAGCGCAACGAGCCAUCCGAGCAGGAACAGGCAAUGUCUGCUGAAAUCAGGAAGCUUCGCGAACAGCUGUCUUUUUCCCAAGUCCGCACUGCCGAAAUGUGCGAAAAGUACAAGGGUUGCAAGACCAAGAUUAAUGAAGCAAUCAAGGAACAGCAAGACCUUUAUACACGCUCGAAUGAACACUGCAAACGCCUGAAAAACGAGCUAGAGAAGGCAGAGUUGGAGCGCAAUGAGAAGACCGCUGCUGUAGACAAGGCAGUGCAGUUGAGCCAGCAGAAGCGUGAGGAGAUGCGAAUUCUUGUCCAGCAGCGAUUGGCGGAACUUGAGAAAGAAGCAGACCUCAAGGGAUGCCAGGUCGCCCGUCUCAGAGAAGAGCUGGAUGAACAACGCUGGCUCCUCCAACAGGAGAAGCAAAACGCUGCCCAUUUGCAGAAUCAGUUCGAUGCUGCAGAGCAUAGAGAAAAGGACGCGCGCCAGACAAUGGCGACACAGCUGGCGCGUCUGACUGACGCUUUUUGCAAUGCUGAUCUUGACAAGGUCUCAAAGGGUUGGGAUAAGAUCAUUGACCGUAUCAACAACACUACUGGUGCAUUGAUUACUGCCGUAAAGGACAUUCCAACUCAGGAAGCCCUCGAAGUGUUGUUCAGCGGCACAGAGGACAAAAUGACAUAUCGUUUUGAGUCCGCACUGAAGAGGAAUAUCACGGACCGAGGCCUUCCAGAGAAAUGGGGCCAGCAAAUUGCCGAGGUCCUCGAUGCUUGUCUGCACGAGCAGCUCAGCGCUUCCGGUCAGGUUGACGCCAUAGAACGAAUGGAAGAGUCUUUGAACCGGAUCGAAACAGCCACAGCCGGGGGCGAGCAAGGGUUUAAAGACAUCAUCAACAAGCUCGAUCAGAACAAGUGUGACGAGCUAGAGACCUUUAAGCGCGAGUACUUAUCCCGCGAGUGCGAGCAGCAUGAAGCAUUCGUCGCGCGUUACGAGAAGCUCAACAGCCGCGAGCGCGAGCUCCAACUCCUCAUCGAAGACUACUCAGCCAAGAUUGCACGCGCGGCUGCAGCGGACGCAAGUGGCACAACUGCCGAGGCAGUAGCCCUUGAGUUCGGUAAGGCCAUGGACGUGGCCUUGGAGAAAGAGAGACACUGGACCACGGAAAUGUACAACAAGGGCACAUGGGCAAUCGAAACCAUGAGAGCUCGCAUCGAUGGAUUGGCUGAAAAUGCGCAACAAUCUUGGGACAAAGCGGGGGUCCUGGAGCAGCUGGGUGAGGAGAGGGGUCGUGUCAUGCGCCUGACCACGGAUAUCGCCAGGCUCGAGAAAGAAGCUUCCGAGGCCGGACAGUUGAAGGACAAGUGGGCGAAGGACAUCCAUCACAUUGAUGCUUUGCGAGCCCAUCUGCGAUCGCUGGCCAAUACGCGCGUUCCAAGAGUCGAAGAAGCCGCAGCUAAGCUCGGGGCCGUUGCGCGUAUGAACCAGAUCAUCGCUUCCACAUCCAGUUACUUGUCCACGGAAAAGACCUGGAUAGUAUCUCAGCUGGCUGCUUUGAAAGGCAACGCAUCUCAAGCAGCACCAUCUCUAGUUGAAGGCCAUGACCAUCCCAAGGGAAAUGAUGCUGAGCCCCAGGAGAUAUGCAGCGUGAAAGCAGACCAAACGCUUCUGGUCCCUGGUCCAGAAAUGCAGUCAACAGAUGACUUGGAUGUCGAGAAGUUUGCAAAGCAAGUCAGGGUAAACACCCCUGUCCUUCUCACGCAGCCGUCGUGCGCUCCCGCUGUAGAGCAGGAGCAGCGGCAAAGGCGACAACCCGUCAAGCCCCGAUCCAUCCUCCGCCGGACGCGGAGCGUGCAGUCAAGCGAGAACGAUAAACGUCCAGACAGUAACAGCGUCCGAGCCAUUCUCAACCAAACCCAGUACAACCGACUGGUAGUCGCAGAGAACCCUGCCAUUGUUUCGAAGGCGCAGAUCGCCUUGAUUCGUGAUGGCUUUCUGUCAACUGAGCAGACCGGAUAG